GGCAUUUUGGUAGAUUGAUGAAUCAAUUUUUUGAAGCAGUAUUGUUAUUUUAGUUCUGCUUCUUUCACUUUCAGGUCAGGUACUAGGUGCAACUAUUGCUUGUAAUCAAGCGUUUUCUUAGUUGUUCAGGUGGCUAAAAAGAAGAAUUGGAAGUGUUACCCUUGUGAGUUGGAAGAAAAAAUUAUGGCUGGGGAACGGAAGAAGAAGGAGAGUAUUCUGGAGCUGAGCAGAUAUCUUGACAAACCCGUGCGUGUCAAGUUUCAAGGGGGAAGAGAAGCCAGUGGAGUAUUGAAAGGCUAUGACGCAUUACUCAAUCUGGUACUUGAUGGAGCGACAGAAUAUGUCCGAGAUGCUGAAGAUCCAUUCAAGCUGACUGAUGAGACACGCACAUUGGGCCUGGUUGUGUGCAGAGGUACUGCUAUUGUAUUAGUAUGUCCAGCUGAUGGCAUGGAGCCCAUUGCCAAUCCGUUUGUGCAGCAGGAAGGCUGAUUGUUACAUUGCGAUCCUAAUGGUGUGAUUCGGCCGUCUUAGUUCUGCGUGCCACUGUAACUGAAGACUAUCUUGAUAGAGUCUCUGUUGAACCCUCGAGUACAUUGAACUACCAGUUGCGUGGGCCAGCUCUUAGGGAGUUUUACUGGAAGGAUAUUCAUUACUAUAUCUCCAUGCUUUUGUGGAAGCUGCGGUGUACGGUGUGCUUUCUUCUUUUCAUUGUCGCACCUCUCGUGUGCACUUUGAUGUUAUUGUCAGCUGUUGGUGUUUUCAUACGGUUAUUAGUCAGCUAUUGGUGUCGUCACGCUGUUGCUACACUGUACAUAUAUGCGUAGAAUGAUGGUCAGCUAUUGCCUGUUUGACUCGAUUGACUAAUGCACGUUUGCGUGUGUUAGCCACUUAUUUGGGAUGGAGCGAUGCGUUUGUGGACACGUCAACUUUUACUGGCAUGGUACUUUUCCAGCUUUCUGAUAUCUGCCUGAGUGGAAGGAACACUUGACAUUGCACAGUAUUUUUAUUCUACUUAUUAGUUCAGCUCCACCCAGGUAUCUCCUUUCAAUUGUGACUGUGUCUAAGAUCUGCCAACCAACUUUGUGAUGUUGAUUGGAAAUUCUUGA